AUGCCCAAUCGUGCGAUCAGGUACGCUUGGUUUCGCAUUGGGCUGAACGACCAGCGGUUGUGGGUAAUCGGAGUCGGCCCGCUUCGAUCGGCCAUGAAAGCCGCCGACCAUUCUUGCUUUGCUACGGUUUUCGACGCCGACAUCGCCGCUAUCCCGUUAAGAACGACAGGCGGUCCGCUUCCAGGGUCACACUGCAGCGUCAUAGCCAUCCUCUACCCAGGAGAUCUGCUGAAGGCUGAGGGACAGGUGUGCAGGACCUCAAUCCGGCACAUCGACCCGCAGACCGGUAAACUGGUCCACCGCAACGAGGCCGUCCGCGUGCUAAAGUUAUUCCGCACGGCUGUCCUGGCCGAGCUGGGGCGUCUUGGUAGGAAGUGGGACGGGGCGCCGCCAUCACAAGCAGUGGUCGAGGACAGGCUUGCCGACUGCGACCACCCUAUCCGCGAUAAAGUGCCGGGCACAGUGUCGGACGGGCAUGUCGGCACCGGCAUGCUUGCCGCGACGUCGUUCGGGUGGGUGGCGAAGCAGAUUGACAUGCUGACGGGCGAGAAGGGCCGCAGUGGGGUGAGCAUCAAGAACAUCAAGACAAAGGGGUUGAGGGCUUUGCGAGACAACAUGGUGGAGUACAUCUGCAAGCGCAUCGCCGAAAAACGCUCUGCAGCGCCGACUUCACAAGCCGUCGACCCCGCCGACAGUGCGAUUGAUGACGACGGCGCAGAAAGACAGACGGCGCCCCAAGCAGCAGUUGUCGCCCAGCAUCAGGGGACUGCGAGGGUGUCUGCGGAAGGAGGAAACGAUGGGGGGAAGGAAAAGGAUGAGGUCGGCGUGGAGGCAACGACGGAAAAGGGCCAGGAGGAGGCGGCAUGCGAGGGAAGUGGGAAGGUGCCGGUCGACGUCGGCGAAGGGGCGAACAUCACGGGCGUGCAGGAGACGGGGGAAGCAUCUGGUCGGCAGGGUCCUGAACUGGACGACGUCGAGGAGCUGCGACGGGAGAACUGGUUGUUGAGGGCGGAGAACGCUCGGCUGGCGACGUUGCUCGAUGAGGAGAAGGCUCGGCUGGACAGGCUUUUUGUUGGGGUACGUGGACUCGUCGACAAGGUCGACCAGGUCGCCGACUCCGACCAGACUGCGGCGGAACGGCUGCGGAACGCGACGUCGGCCAUGUCGAUGACCAUCACGGGCAACAUCACCGGCAGCUUCGACGAAGCAUAG